AUGUUACUUUCUGCUGCGCAAGGAGAGUCGGACAAAAAACUAAUGAAGCACACAUUAUGUAGCACACUGAGUCUAUCGAGACGACAAGCAAGUAAACUGUACAGUAUAAGUAAAAUGCGAAAGAAAGCUGUUGAAAUUAAUGAAACGGCAGUCAGUAUGAAAGAUAUUAGGGAUAAACAUCAUUAUUUGGCAAAGUUGGAGCAAAGACAGUUCUUACUUUCGUGUGGGGAAAACAUUAACGAAUUCACAUUAAGUAGUUCAGAAUCAUCUGAUGGGACAGAUUCACAAGAAAGUGACAGUGACAGCAGCAGUACAGCGGAGAAAGAAUUUUUUUAUGAAAGAUUGGUUGAUACAAAUGUAGUAAAUCAGCUAAAUGGAAAACAUAUCUAAAUGGCUGUUAGCUUAAUAAGAGAAGUUUCUUUUAACUGGUUUGCUUUUGUAACCUUAUUUCAAUCAAAGUUUGAUCAGCAUCAUUCAGUGGAUCCAUUGAUUAUUGAGUUUGUGUCACAAUCACCAAAGUUUGGGUUUAGUGAAGAGGAACUGGCAUUGAUUGAACCAUCAAGACUUGCCUAUCUUAAAACGAUUCAAGAAAAAGAACAAACUGUGGAAGGUAUUUCACUUUCUUCAACUGAUUCAAGUGGGGAUGAAACAGAGUCGAGUGCAGAUGAAACAGACUCGGAUACAGAUGACUGGGAGAAAAGGCGUGCUACUAAUAAAGCAAAACAGCUAUCACCAACAGUGGCCACUUGUACCAGUUUUGUAUUGAUGGCAUUAAUGCCUGUAAGGAUUUAA